GCAACACAAACCAUAACCUACUUUCUUCACUUCGACUUUUCCAUACAAUGUGAGGAAAUGGCCGACAGAAGGUGCGACUGGGUGGAGAUUCUGGAGCCGCGCUCACACAAGCGCAUGUACGUCAACCUGGCGUCGGGCGAAUGCGGCUGGGAGGCACCAGUCGGCGCGAGCGUCCGGCAGUCGGACGGCAACCAGUGGUGGGAGCUGUUCGACAACAACAACAACCGCUUUUACUACUACAACUCCAGCAGCCAGCAAACAGUCUGGCAUCGACCACAGGGCUGCGACGUCGUGCCCCUGGCACAGCUUCAAGCCAUCAAGAAGAGCUCAGAGACUGAAAUGAAAGGCCACGGAAGGUCCGUCAGGACCGGGGACGGAAGGAACACCCCAGUGACCGCAGUGGUCUCGCCUUUCUCGGCCACAUCUCAGGAGCUGGAGAGCGGGAGGGAAACUCCAUCGCUGAAGGGACGACAGGACAGUUUGGAAAAGAGGAACCAGGAAGGCUGGGAGCCAGCCCAAAGAUGGCAGCCCGCGCCGGGCUCCAAGGCAGCCAUGUUGGUCAAAGUGAGCAGCACCGGCCGCAACCCCCCUGCUAGCGCCUGCCCGCUUCACCACCUGAGCCCGCCCACCAGCAGCAGCUCCUCCCCCGUCUCCACCCACUCCAGGACCCCCUCCCUCGGCAGGAUGGCCGUCUCCGGGGAUCCCAAACAAUCGUUCCACUUCCUCAAAAAGGCGGACAAUGCCAACUUUCCGGUGAUGCCCAGCUCCGGUCCCAAUCCGUGCGCCAGCCUCAUCCGCCCCUCUUCACCCCAGUACGCUGCCACGGCUCCCGUACCGAUAUACGAUGAGCCCCCGGGCGCAGAUCCUCCCAUUUACGACGAGCCGCCGCUAGACAUGGAGGUGGAGGGUGCCAACCUCCUGACCCGUGACUCCUAUAGAUCGACACACAGCAUGUCGCGAGUGGCCUCACCACCCAAACUCCUCCAGUUCCCCCACGCCAAGCACAAGCGCUACCCCUCGGCCGGCGAGUACAGCGCGGCCGGGCGCGAGUGCAUCAAGCACAUGGUGAACGUCGAGCAUCAGCCAGGCGAGGGCCCGAAGGAGGAGGGCACUAUAGAGAAGAAGCAGCCGUGGCACAGUCGCCAGAGCAGCCUGGCGUCUCAGGAGUACGCAGCGGCCACUACCGUCACCUACCAGGAUUCGGGAUACUCGACCGGUCCCUCGCCCAGCGUGUGCAGGAGGAACCGCAGACGGGCGGUGCCCGGGUGCGGCGUGGGCAGCGGCGGUGAGCUGAAUGACAAACUGAUGGCCGAGAUGAAAGUGGCACUCAUGGGCUCGGAAGGUUCGCUGAGGAGUGCCACGCUGCCUGGGACAAAGUCAGGAUCAAGGGUUGAGGUGAUUGGCAGCGAGCGUUCACUGUACAGCAGACACGGGGAGACACCACUCACGCCAACCGAGGGACUGGCAGGGAGACAGAAGAGGACCUAUGAGAAGGUGGACUCGUUGGAGAAGAGCGCGACUUCUCAAACCAGCUUGUCCUCUCCGGAGCCACCUACGUCACCCUCACAGACCGGAACACUGGAAUCCAAAAGCCAGACCAACCUUCACCCCCAACAUGGAGAAGACAACGAGGAUGACCUAGCAGGUCACGGAACCAUUCCUGCCUCCACUCUGCCUGUCCCACAAGUGCCUAAUCCUGCCCCUGGUUCCAUCUACCAAUACCCAUAUUCCACUCUAUGCAAGCCCCCAGUCGAUGUAGACAUCGAGGCAUGGGCUACCAAAAACCUGAACCAGCACACGCGGGGCCUGCUGCGCAGACGCGUCUCCAUCGCCACCAUGCUCUCAUGGAGCAGCGCUUCCAUCAGGAAACCCAUGCUCAUCACCAGCGACCGCGCCGUCAAAAAAGAAGCGUGCGACAUGUUCAAAAUGGUCCAGGCGUACAUGGGUGACCGGGCAGUGCGUCUCGACCAACGGCACGUCGCCCUGCUCGUGGUGACCAAGUGCUGGAGCAUGCAGGGUCUGAGGGACGAGCUGUACGUCCAGCUGAUUCGGCAGACCACGGACAACCUGAACCUGAGCAGCCUGCGUUCCGGCUGGGAGCUCAUGGCUAUCGGCUUAGCCUUCGUUUCUCCGUCGCCCAAGUUCAGACGGUAUCUCGAGGGCUACAUCCAGAGACACCUGGAGCUCAGCAAUGACAAGAAGAUUUUACAGAGAAUAAUGGAACAACAGGACAUGAAGUACAAGAAGAACUCGAAGUCCAGGAAGAAGAGGAAACAGAACAAUGAAGAGGAGGAAGAGCAGGGUCUACCCAUCAGUACCUAUGCCAAAUACUGCUACCGUAAGCUGCAGAAGGUUGCUGUGACCGGAGGCAAAAAGGGUCUGAGGAAGCCUACCCUGGACGAGAUCGAUCAUGGGCGGAAUGCCAUCGUGACACCCUCGCUCUUCGGCAGUGCUCUGGAGGAGAUCAUGGAGAGGCAGAGCCAGCUGUUCCCACACAGGAGGUUGCCCUGGGUACAGGUGCAGCUUUCGCAGUGUGUUCUAGCCCUUGGUGGAGCUCAGGCAGAAGGAAUCUUCAGGGUACCAGGUGACAUCGAUGAGGUGAACGCCCUCAAAUUACAGGUGGACCAGUGGAAACUUCCAGACAACCUAUCUGACCCCAACGUCCCUGCAUCACUGUUAAAGCUGUGGUACCGGGAGCUGGAGGAGCCAGUGAUUCCACAGAGUUUCUAUAACAAGUGCAUAAGUCACUACGAGGAGCCCGACGCAGCAAUCAGUGUGGUGCAGGCUUUACCGGAGCUCAACAGACUGGUGCUCUGCUAUUUUAUCCAUUUCUUACAGGUUUUCGCACAGCCAGUGAACGUGAGUAAGACUAAGAUGGACGUGAAUAAUCUGGCCAUGGUGAUGGCGCCCAACUGUCUGCGCUGCCAGUCGGACGACCCGCGCGUCAUCUUCGAGAACACGCGCAAAGAAAUGUCCUUCCUCCGUGUCCUCAUCGUGCAUCUGGACACCAGCUUCGUCAAGGGACUCGUCUGAGCUCUGAAGCCGUUUUUCUCUUCGUUCGCUUAUCUGAGAGCACACAGGUCUUUUUUUGGGGGCUUUGAACUAUGGCCAAUGACUAACUUGGAGCAGAGAAUGAGACAGCGCUUUUCAUUCUUGGAAAAAAAGCAAUAAACAAAGCCGUCUAUGUAGUCUUUUUAAGCUGGCAACGAGCAUUCAAUCCCAUUAGAUCACAUCCAAUUCGAAUCACCAGCAAGUGACUCACUGAUUCAUCAAGCAGCAGCAAUCAUGGUCUUUUUGACUCAGAAUCGUUUGGAGGUGAUCCUCACCAGAAAUGGAAGUAAUCAUCACUCGAAUCGAGGGGAUC